AUAUCCGAGGGAGCUCAUAACCGGAAUAAAAAAUAUCGUUUUGAAAAGAGCUAUAUGUUGACCGAAAUAGGUUUUUCAUUUACCGCUAAUUAAGCUUUAAAACAUCAUAAUAAAACGAAUUCAAACAAGGCAAGCUAGAGGGAGGCUUAUAUCCGGGGGAGCUUAUAACCGGAUGUAUUUUUUGGUUUACAGGUAGAUACAGCUGGAGGGGCUUAUAAGCAGCAGUUAACGGUAUAUGUAUUGUAACUCUCGGCUCACUGCAUUGUUGAAACAAGUCUUGCAUUGUCUUAAUAGGGUUCCAGAAUUUGUACAAGAAAAACGUUUCCACAACUGGCUUGAAAAUGCACACGAUUGGAAUGUGUCAAGGAACCGUUACUGGGGUACACCAAUUCCACUGUGGGUCAGUGAUGAUUUUGAAGAGGUUGUGUGUGUUGGAUCAAUGGACGAAUUAGAGCAGUUAUCAGGAGUCAGAGUUACGGAUCUUCACAGAGAGAGUGUGGACCACAUAACAAUCCCAUCUAAAACAAACAGGGGAGUUCUUAAAAGAGUGUCUGAGGUGUUUGACUGCUGGUUUGAAAGUGGAAGUAUGCCCUACGCGCAAGCUCACUACCCUUUUGAAAAUAAAAACGAAUUUGAAGCGUCAUUUCCGGCUGAUUUCAUUGCUGAAGGAAUUGACCAGACAAGAGGAUGGUUUUACACCCUGCUGGUGAUUUCAACAGCUUUGUUUGAUAAACCGCCUUUCAANGGGAUGCUUGAGACCAUAACAUACCUUGGCAGACUGCGGAGACUGUGGAGACAAAGAUCGCGAGGAAGCGCUUCAGACGCUGUUCAGUGUUAUCUUCUCUAUGAUACGAUUAUUGGCGUCAUUCACUCCAUUUCUGACAGAGCACACUUACCAGUCCUUACGGUCUUACAUACCAGAAAGUAUGAAGUCUGUAGAAACAGAGAGUAUUCAUUACCUGAUGAUCCCACUGGCCAGUAUCCCCUCCCUGAGCUGGUUGUUAUUCACCAGCAGCAACAGAGCCUGGAUGAUGUGCAAUCUCUUGAAACCUACAUCAAGCAGAAACAACCACAGGUGAUAAUCUAUGCAGGGAUUAGCGUCAGUCUGAGUGAUGUUCAUUUCUCUCCCAAGGUGCUUAUCCUGUUAGAUGUCACUCCGGAUCAGUCGUUGUUAUCUGAGGGUGUGGCACGAGAAGUAGUGAAUCGUAUUCAGAAAUUACGAAAAAAGGCGCAACUUCAGCCGUGUGAUGAUAUCACCAUUGUGUUUGACGUCACGCAAGAUGAACAAGACUUAAAUGACGUUAUCAACACGCACAAAGAAUACAUCGAAGAUAGUGUCAAACAGCCACUCGUGCCCAACUCCCACUCGCCUAACCUUCCUUUGAUAAUCAGCGAGAAAACAGAGGUGAAAGGCAGCAUGCUUGAUCUGAAGCUGCUACGAGGCCACCAGAAAGAAGACAACAAGAUAACAGCAGCAGGAGGAGAACCAGUGUGUAGGUUUGUCAAUGUUCAGCUGUGUGGAGCUGCAGACCUCAAGGGAACUGUUCUUCUUGAAAAUCCUCACGGGACUUCAGUUAUUACACUUGAUCAACUUAAGCGACAGGUAGCCAUGAUGUUUGAUCAAAGGGAGAGCGUGUUAAAACUGUCUGUGUCAGCAACUUGUGACUCAGUUCUCACCGCCCAAGACUUGUCCAAAUUACACGGCUGUCAGUUGUACGCUUUCGUUAAGAGCUAACGUCUCAAAACCUGUUGGCAAUGUGGCUGCUUAAUUAAUUAAAAGCCGUUGUGCA